UGUUUACGGUUGAAACUCGGGGGCGCGCACCUGUGAGCGCGCGCGCCCCCGAAGGACACCUGAAGCUACGAGGACGCGCCAAUCUGAAGUCACUGCUGUCUGUCUGUCAAUCUAUCUCUCUCCUCUCAUCACACAUACGCACGCGCCGCCCUCCUUCCCCGAGUCCUCGUGCUCAUUCCACCCCGGAGCUGCAGAAUCCACGCGCAGAGCGCACGCACCCGCGAGUCCAGCUGGAGUUCAACGCGGAGCGCCAACAUGCGGAGCCGCAAGUUUUGGGUUCCGUGUUCCGUGGGACUUUAUAUCUGUGCAGCCUUUCUUUUUAAAGGAUCUUUGCAGGGAGAAUACCAGAGGAAACUGUACAAGGAGCUGCUGGCAAACUACAAUCGAUUGGAGAGACCUGUUGUUAAUGACUCAGCUGCUAUCCUGGUGGAGCUGGGCUUCACACUGCUGCAGAUUAUAGAUGUGGAUGAAAAGAACCAAGUAUUGAUAACAAACGCCUGGCUGCAGCUGUACUGGACCGAUAUCUACCUGACCUGGAAUCCAGAAAACUACCCAGGUGUCCAGAACCUUCGGUUCCCAUCAGAUCAAGUUUGGACGCCCGACAUCCUGCUGUAUAACAGUGCGGAUGAGCGCUUUGAUGCCACGUUUCACACCAACGUUCUGGUGAAUGCCUCGGGCCACUGUCAGUACAUCCCCCCUGGCAUCUUGAAGAGCACCUGUUACAUCGACGUGCGCUGGUUCCCCUUUGAUGUGCAGAAAUGUGACUUGAAGUUUGGAUCGUGGACGCACAACGGCUGGCUUCUGGACCUCCAGAUGCUGGAUGUGGAUAUAUCUACAUACAUAUCUAACGGGGAGUGGGAUCUUGUUGGAGUCCCAGCCAAGCGUAAUGAGCUGUACUAUGAGUGCUGUAAGGAGCCCUACCCUGACGUGACAUUCACGGUCACGAUGCGCCGCAGGACUCUGUACUACGGACUAAAUCUGCUCAUUCCCUGUGUGCUGAUCUCUGGCCUGGCCCUGUUGGUCUUCCUCUUACCUGCAGACUCUGGAGAAAAGAUCUCCCUAGGAAUCACCGUGCUGCUUUCACUCACCGUCUUCAUGCUGCUGGUCGCAGAGAUCAUGCCGGCCACGUCGGACUCUGUGCCUCUCAUUGCUCAGUAUUUUGCCAGCACCAUGAUGAUAGUAGGGAUGUCGGUAGUGGUGACUGUCAUUGUUCUGCAGUUCCACCAUCAUGAUCCUCAUGGAGGGAAGAUGCCUAAAUGGGUCCGGGUUGUUCUGCUGAACUGGUGCGCCUGGUUUCUCCGUAUGAAGCAACCUGGCACUGAGCGCAAGAGGCCUCAUUAUCAGUACCGCCACGCAUCCCAGCACCACUCCAGCACCAGCUCCAUAGAAAUGGGUACUAUGCCGAGUCUCUCUGUCCCUCUGUCCCAGACGUCCUGCCCUCCUUGCCCGACAGGCACCUCCAACGGUUCCAUGAGUCUCUACUAUGGCAGUUACCAUCCCAUGGACAGCCCACGUUGCCCCCCAUCCAGCGACUCUGGAGUAGCUCUCGGGGGACAGCCCCAUGGUUCUCUCAGUGAUGAGGCGGAGCCAGCAAGAGGAGUCAGCUGCGGCGCUGGAGGUCUCGGCAUGGGAGUGAGCAUCCCCCCACCGGAGAUCCAGCACAUCCUGGAGGAGGUGUCAUACAUAGCCCAGAGGUUUCGGGACCAGGACGAGGCUGAGGCCAUCUGUAGCGAGUGGAAGUUUGCGGCAGCGGUGGUGGACCGCCUGUGCCUGGUAGCCUUCUCACUGUUCUCCAUCAUUUGCACCGUCACCAUCCUCAUGUCCGCACCAAACUUCAUCGAAGCCGUCUCCAAGGAUUUCACAUAAAACUGGCAGCAACAGGAAUGUGUUCAGUCCCCUACGAACAUUCUUGUGAGGAGGUGAACUUCAUCAGAGGCUUGAUGUGAUAACAGCUACACUCUAAGGAAUCUGAGCAACUCAGAAAAACAUGGAAAAUUACAACUCAUUUCUACUAAACAAGUAUGCUUGUUAAAUGUAUAUGAAAACAAAAGUGUUAGCAGUUCCUUCAAGCAACCAAAUUAUUGGUUGCUCGUUGCAAAUAAAGACACUUAAGAGUGUUUUGUCUUCAUAUAAAAAUGUUAGUUCACAUCAGAAACACAACCAAAAACCACCAAUAUAGACAACACUGUAUUAAAAUGAGACACAAUCAGGUUGAUCUCGAGAGAACUGGUCAAAUAUUGAGAUGUUUCACUGAAAAUCCCCAUUUCUGCCGUAGAACUCUAGACACGAUGUUAAUGUACCGACACAAACAUGCUAGAUGUUCAUAUGCAGUUUUGUUUUCCCUUCAAACUUUGUCUUGUGUGCUUAUAUUAAAGUGAAGCAUCUGUAAAGUAAGUGAUGUAUUUGUGGACAUUUUUUUAAUAACAUUAAAUGUACCCAGUCCACUCUGGGUGAUGAAUUUAAGUCAUAAGCACAGAUUUAUGUUAGUUCAUAAUUUUCUCAAAUGCACUAAGAUAUGGUGUAUAUACAUUUUAUAUAUAAUUUAAGUUAAAUAAAUUUGAAUUUAUUCAAAUUGUAUUGUUUCAUCCUAGAUCUACAAAUGCCUACUAAAAAUUGGCUCACAAAAAAUAAUAAUAAUAAUACAUUUUAAGAAAAAAGUCAACAGAUACAAAACAGCAUUACUGACUAAAAAGAUUUUGUUUGUACAUGCUGUGCAGGAUUUUGCAACUUAGCUGUUGCAAAAUAAUGUUAUCUACAGGUAACCCAUCAUAAAUGUAAAUGCAACAAUGAUUUUGAUGCAGAACAUUUCUAUGUUCUUUAAUCCAUUGAUGUCUGAAUUUAUUUCCAGUUAUGAUAAAAAAUCACUAAAUUUUUUGCUUUUAUGUGAAGUGGUUCGGUGCAUAUUUGCAUAAAUAGACACUAAAAGACAACAGUUUCUAUAUUACAAAGUUCCAGCUCCAUAUUCCCAUUUACAUUUAAGACAAAAACAAAUGCUUUACCUGUUUGGACUCCUUAACAGCUCUGAUCAAGAUUGAUGUUUUCACAUUUCAGCCUCAAAUACCACGAACAGCUUGAAGCUAAACUAGAAUUUUUCCUCCUUUAGCUGAAGAGCGUUUUUUUUCGUUUUUACUUCUUAGAUGGAGGUUGAACUGUUUGCGUCCACACCGACCUCCACCUCCCACGAACUGUUGUAGCUGCAGAAAAAACAUAUCUAUUUCAUUGUCAUUCUGUGGAAUUUUGACUCUGUGUUAAUAAAAAACAUGAUUCUCUGAAUAAUAGACUCUGGAUAUUUGUAAAAAAAACGAAG